AUGACUGUUGAUUAUGAAAUUUAUAAGGAAGGUGGGAUUUUAAAAGAUAGGUAUCAAAAGAUUGAAGAUAUAAGUGAAGGUUCCUAUGGCUAUGUGUCUUUGGCUAAAGAUCUCAAGGAAAAAAAAUUGGUUGCUGUUAAAUAUAUCUUUAAACUAGACGAAGACGAAGAUAGAUCAGAUAAUUAUGAUUCUGAUAAAAACUAUUCUGAUAGAAACUAUGAUUCAAGUCAAGAAAAAUUCCAUGUUCAAAAUAAAUCUACUAAUAAAAAUACUGAUAAAUCACUGAUAUCUUCUAACAUUAAAUCUAAGAUGUCUAAUGAUGUAUGUUUUGAAGCUAUGUAUGAAGUAGAUAUACAAACUAAAAUUGGUAAACAUAAUAAUAUUGUACAGCUAUUAGAUUUCUUUGAUUCUUACAUCAUUUUAGAGUAUUGUACAGGUGGUGAUCUAUAUGAGGCUAUUAAAGAUGAUAUUGUGCCAAGGUCAACUAAUGCAAUCACUCAUAUCAUAUCACAGAUACUCGAUGCUGUUGAAUAUGUUCAUAAUAAGCAUAUUUAUCAUAGAGAUAUUAAACCUGAAAACAUUUUGAUUACUGGGAUAGAUUGGACAAUCAAGUUGACAGAUUGGGGGUUAGCAACCACGAACAAAACGUCAAUGGAUAGAUCUAUCGGUUCAGAAAGAUAUAUGGCACCAGAAUUGUUUGAAUCAAAUUUGGAUCUUGAAGAAAGGAAAGAACCUUAUCAUUGUGAUAAAGUAGAUCUUUGGGCUAUGGGGAUUGUUUUCUUAAAUAUUGUUUUCCAUAAAAAUCCAUUUAGUGUAGCCAAUCAAUCAGACAAAUCUUUUUGUUAUUUUGCCGCUAACAGAGAAGCACUGUUUGAUGUCUUUUCAUCAAUGACAUAUGAUUUCUUUCAAGUUUUACGGUAUUGUUUAACAAUUGAUCCAAUGAAUAGAGAUUUGAAACAAAUCAGGGUUGAAUUAGAUAAUCUAAAUGAAUAUACUUUUGAUGAUGAAUAUUACAACAACCUUGAAGAAGAAGAAGAAGAAAACUAUGGAUACGGAAGCAGUGGAACUGAGUACGAUACCGAAGUCUCUGAGUCUGCAUCAAAUGCUGUUCAACCGCCGGUAUCUUUACCUACACCUGUUGGCUCAUUAAAACCUUCAAAUGAUACAAAAAAUCAGUCGAUUGACGUAGAUAUGGAUAAAUCAGCUGCAUCAAUUGAUAACAAUAAUACAGUAGCAACUGCAGUUGCUGCUAAUAAUAUAGAAAUUAAAGAAAAGAUUAAAGAUUCUACCUCCCAACUAAUAUCACAAAACAAUAAUUCUAACCAGCAUUUAGAAAUUCCUACAUCUUAUGCUGUUCAAGAUAAUUUGCAUGAUCAUCAUACAAAUCCAAAUAAUAAAGGCUCACAUAAAAAUGAUCCUUCAGAUAUAUCUAAAUCUAAUACGAAAUUCAAAUACAGUAGUAAUAAUAAAAAGAACCGUGGUAAGAAGAAAAAUAAUGGUAGAUAUCAUAUUAAACCAAUUCAAAUCAGAAAUAGGAAUAAAUCAAAGAUUAUUAAAAAUUCUAGAAAACCCUUGGGUAUACCAACACCAAAUACACAUAUUAAUAAUUUUUUCCAUGAUUAUAAAAAGAAUAAAGAUAAAUCUAAUUUUAAUACAAGAGACUUUUUUACUCCACCUAGUGUUCAAAAUAGAUAUAUGGAAGGUGUGUUCGAUCAUAAAUACCGUAAAAAUAAAUCAAAGUAUUACUUGACAACAAACACUAAUAAUAAUAAUAAUAUCAAUCCUCAUGGAAUUUAUGGUGCUAAUAAAGGUUGGCAUAGUAGUUAUAACCAAAAUAAUGGUUUAAGCAACAGUUUUAAAUACAAUAAAUUUAGAAGACCAAGUACAACAGGUAAUUCAGGUUAUAAUGUGUCAACUCUUAAAAGUUCGCAUGGCCAAAGAAAUAGCUUCAACAAUGGUUCAUUAACAUCAGGUUUCUUUAGGCGUAGUUCAUUAACAACACAUUCACCAGGAGCAUAUAUUCCGCCAAACCAAAGAAAUUCAAUUAGUCAUGCUAGUGGUAAUAGCCCUUUACCGAAUCUAGCAUAUGCAUCUCUAUCAACAUAUAAUAAUAUUCCUGAUAUCUCUACUGUUUUGGAUAAUGGGCAUUAUAAUAAUUCUCCAGGUUCUGUGAAUUCCCAUAAUAGUCGUGAUAGUAGUAGUAUCAGUAGUAGAAAUUACAAUAACAAUAACAGUUAUGAUAAUAACGAUAGUAAUCACAAUAAUAUUAAUAAUUUAAGGAAAAAUAAUUCUCAUGAAUUAAGCAUAUUAAAUGAUGAUGGUCAUGAAUCUGACGAUGCAUUAUUUACAUUAGAUGAAAAUGAUUCCGAUUUAGUUAAAAAUUUCAAUUCUUUAUCAAUAAAUUCAGGCACUGCACACAUGGGUAUGAUGAGUCAUGACCAUAUUCAUGAUAAUGGAAACACAGCAAACAUUGCUGGUCAUGAUUUAUUAAAUGUUCCAUCUUCAAAUUCAGUACCUUCGGUUUUAGUGUCUCAGCAUUUCUCCACUUCCGAUGAGUCUACAGUAUCAAAUACAUUAGGAAGAUUAGUUACUAAAGGUGGUACCCCAAGUGUUACGAAUGACUAUUUACCAGAUUUAUUGAAAUCGCCUGUAACUAAUGAAAUUCAUCAUGAUGACAUGGUCAAUUCAUUGGUUAACAACAACUAUAAUCAGCCUAUUAAUGGUGGUGUUCUUCAUAGAUCAUCUUUUGGUGACAAUCAUUCAAAAACAUUUAAACCUGGGGUUUACAUUCCACCUCAUCAUAGAAGAGCUUCUAUGAAUCAACAAUCGUCGUCGUCUCCACCUUAUGAACAUGUAUUAAAUGUGUCAAAUAAUCAAAUCAGCUAUGAUAAUAAUUUUAAUGAAAAAAAUAAUGAAAAAAAGAACACAGCAGAUAAUUCUCACGAUAAAAUACAAUCUUUCAACAUAUUAAUGAAUCCAUCCCAAUCUACAACAUCAUUGCAAAAUGAAUAUGCAUUUGCAGAUUCUAAUACUGAAGCCAUAAUAUUUGAAGAGGAUGAAGAAGUGGCUUCAAAUAAUGGAAGAACAGUGUUUGGUCCAUAUGAAAUUUAUGAUAAUAAAUCGGAUUAUGAUAAAUUAAACAAAUUUAGAGCUGGUAGGAAAUCUACCACACUACAAGAUGAAAUUGUGGGCUCUUUAGAGCAAUAUAAGAAUAAUUGGUUAUUACAACAACAAUCACAACAAGAAGAAAUUAUUUGA